UCGAGCAGUCCUGUCCUUGUUCUUGUUGAAUCUGAUGCAUGUAUUUUAAUAAUUUCAGAGGUCGCAGCAGUGGCAAAGGCCCACCUCAGCCUACAAUUUCUUUUGAUGGCAUCUAUGCAAACAUGAGAAUGGUUCACAUACUUACGUCAGUUGUUGGCUCCAAAUGUGAAGUACAAGUGAAAAACGGAGGUAUAUAUGAAGGAGUUUUUAAAACUUACAGUCCUAAGUGUGAUUUGGUGCUUGAUGCUGCUCAUCGGAAAACUGCCGAAUCCAGUUUGGGGCCAAAACGCGAAGACAUAGUAGAGAGUAUCUUGUUCAAGCCUUCAGACUUUGUUAUGGUGCAGUUUAAGGAUAUGGAUACAAAUUACGCAAGAAGAGAUGCUUUUACUGAUUCGGCAAUCAGUGCUAAAGUAAAUGGUGAACACAAAGAGAAGGACCUAGAACCAUGGGAUGGUGGAGAGACAACCACCAGUGAGGAGCUGGAGGCUUUAGACACAGAUGUUUCUAAUGGAUGGGAUCCCAAUGACAUGUUUCGUUACAAUGAAGAAAAUUAUGGUGUAGUGUCUACUUAUGACAGCAGUUUAUCUUCUUAUACGGUGCCCUUAGAGAGGGAUAAUUCAGAGGAGUUUUUAAAACGGGAAGCAAGAGCAACUCAGCUUGCAGAAGAAAUUGAAUCAAGUGCCCAGUACAAAGCUCGGCUUGCCUUGGAAAACGAUGACCGGACAGAAGAAGAAAAAUAUACUGCUGUCCAGAGAAACUCCAGUGAGCGAGAAGGACAUGGUGUGAACACUAGGGAAAACAAGUACAUUCCUCCUGGACAACGAAAUAGAGAUGUCCUGUCCUGGGGAAGUGGAAGACAGAAUUCGCCCAGGAUGGGCCAGGCUGGCUCAGGGCCCUCCAUUUCAAGAUCUGGAUCCCAUACUUCAGACUUCAGUCCAAACUCUGGAGCAGAUCAAAGAGUAGUGAAUGGAGGUGUUCCCUGGCCAUCGCCUUGCCCAUCUCCUUCCUCUCGCCCACCUUCUCGCUACCAGUCAGGUCCCAACUCUCUUCCACCUCGGGCAGCCACCCCUACAAGGCCGCCCUCCAGGCCCCCCUCGCGGCCAUCCAGGCCCCCGUCUCACCCCUCUGCUCAUGGUUCUCCAGCUCCUGUCUCUACUAUGCCUAAACGCAUGUCUUCAGAAGGGCCACCACGGAUGUCUCCAAAGGCACAACGGCACCCUCGAGGUCACAGAGUCUCUACUGGUAGGGGUACAAUUUCAAGUGGCUUAGAAUUUGUAUCUCAUAAUGCACCAGGGGAAGCAUCUACUGCUACAGUGGCACGAGGCGGCCCUUCAGGUGGGACGUGGUCAUCAGUGGUCAGUGGGGUUCCUAGAUUAUCCCCCAAGACCCACAGGCCCAGGUCACCAAGGCAAAGCAGCGGUUCCACCGGUGCAGCUUUGUCCUCUCCUCAAGCUGGAACUACUCCCACUGAAUCAGUUGCCAUGCCUGUUCCAGCAGCCUCUCCCACACCUGCUAGCCCUGCGUCCAACAGAGCAGUCACCCCAUCCAGUGAAGCUAAAGAUACCAGACUUCAGGACCAGAGGCAAAAUACUGCAGCAGGAAACAAGGAAAAUACUAAGCCAAGUGAGACUUCACCUAGCUUUCCUAAACCCGAGAACAAAGGUGUAUCUCCAAUGGUUUCGGAACACAGAAAACAGAUUGAUGACUUAAAGAAAUUUAAGAAUGACUUUAGGUUACAGCCAAGUUCUGCACCAGACACAGUAGAUCAGCUGCUAAAUAAAAACCGAGAAAAUGAGAAAUCAAGAGAUACAAUGAAAGAGAAAACAGAAUCAACUUCUAAAGAAUCUGUUGUUGAAACCAGCAGUAAUGCCAACUCUAACAGUGGCAGUAGCAAGCCGAAUAGUCCCAGUAUUUCUCCAUCAAUUAGUAGUAGCUCUGAGCAGAAGCGAGGGCCAGAAGUAACCUCCCAAGGUGUACAGACAUCUGGACCAGGCAGUAAACAAGAGAAGGAGGAUAAAGAGGAGAAAAAAGAUACUGCUGAGCAAGUUAGAAAAUCUACACUUAAUCCAAAUGCAAAGGAGUUCAACCCUCGAUCUUUUGCUCAGCCGAAGCCCUCUACGACACCCACCUCGCCUCGUCCACAGGCUCAGCCCAGCCCUUCUAUGGUGGGUCAUCAACAGCCGACUCCAGUGUAUACUCAACCUGUCUGUUUUGCACCAAAUAUGAUGUACCCAGUCCCAGUGAGUCCAGGCGUGCAGCCUUUGUAUCCUAUUCCCAUGACACCCAUGCCAGUGAACCAAGCCAAGACAUAUAGAGCAGGUAAAGUACCAAAUAUGCCACAACAGCGGCAAGACCAGCAUCAUCAGAGCACCAUGAUGCAUCCUGCAUCAGCAGCUGGCCCUCCGAUUGUUGCAACACCACCAGCUUAUUCAACUCAGUAUGUUGCCUAUAGCCCCCAGCAGUUCCCUAAUCAGCCUCUUGUGCAGCAUGUGCCACACUAUCAGUCUCAGCAUCCUCAUGUCUAUAGCCCUGUAAUACAGGGCAAUGCUAGAAUGAUGGCCCCGCCGACCCAUGCACAGCCCGGUUUAGUAUCUUCUUCAACACAGUAUGGUGCGCAUGAGCAGACGCAUGCUAUGUAUGACAACAGAAAAACAGUAGAGUAAUUCUUGUUGCAAGCAACUCAGAGACCACAAGAGCUCAGCAUGCUCUUGGCACUAUGGAUUCCUGUUUAAAAUCCCUGGGUUUAUCUUGUGAAUCAUGUUUGUGCACUAACAGUGCUGUCAUUGUGUGGCACCCUGCAUUACCCUUGAAAGGAUCUCAAGGCACCCCGGGAUGCCAUGGCAUCCAGCUUGAGACUCACUGUGCUAAGAGAUAGCAGCUGAAUGAAGUCUUUGGAAACUUCUUGAUGCUCUACGCACGACACACCCCAAUUGAUUUUUCUUGGGCUAAUUGGGGCUGAAGUUCUGUGAUGAGACCAUGACUGCAGUUUUGGAAUUUGAGACUUCUGUUUCUGGUAACUGGCAAACCACUGCCUUAAUGCUAGUGAUACUGUUAACAGUGUAAAGACUGUCAUCCAAGCAAAGUGUCAUUUUAUGUGUAGGCUAAUGUUUCCUUGGUAAACGGAAUAUAAAUAUUUAAAUUCAUGUUUUAAGUGUUUAGUUUCUGACUUCAGUGAUGACCAGGAAUCUCCAGAAUGAUCGGUUUGUCACCUUUUGCUUGCACCAACCUUGCUGAAAUCCUGGAAAAAUGAAACACUAAAAAGUCUCUCAAGCUUCAUAAAAGUACAGGCAGUUGGGGCAAGGUUUUUCUUCAGAAUAGGUUGUCACAGGCUGGCCCCUGAGAACAUAGACCCAUGGUCUUUUGGGGACUUAAAGAUGGAGAUAAAUGUCGGACAAGGAAAGUAUCUGCAGUGGGUGAUGGAAGCAUGUUCUCGGCAUCUUCAGGCAUGUCCUUUAUUGCCUACUUUAACAUGACUCCAUUAAAAUGCCUGCUUAGCUGGCUAGGUUUUCCAUCAGUGGCUUAGUGAAUGACUCUUAACAUAGUAGCUCAGAUGCAGAGCAUUCCCCAUUCACAUUUCAGCAAGUGUCUCAAGUGUUAGCUUCUUGAAGACCUUGGAACUACUGUGCAUCUGGAAGGCAACACUUCAGCUUCCAUGCAUCAAUAGCUGGCUGUUUGCAUGAGCAAAUUGUAGCAUUGGAUAAGCUGGUGUACUGCUGCCAGGGUAGACUGCUAUAGGGCACUUUGCUGGAUACACUCAUAAUAGCUUAAACUAGGCAACACGAGCGCUUAAGAUGUCUGCAGUUUUGACUUGUACUGUAAGAGGAUAUCUGUAAUAACAUUUUUGUAGGCGUGUAUUACUUUCUUAAAAAUCUUAAUUUUCCCUUCAACAUCUGUAAAGUGGGUAUGACAGCACAUCUUGGAAAGCACUUUUCAAACUGAUGUUAAUUUUUUCAGAGCUGUUUGGUGAAUCUAGAGUAACAACUUCCUUCUGCAUGAUUUUUGCCAUGCACAGUUAGGAAUAACAGCCACUACUUCUGUUUUCUAGAAUAAAGUCACUCAAGCAAGUUCUCAUUUACUUCUGCCUUUUUAUUUUUAUUCCCUGAUUAUUUUUUUUUUUUAAUUUUUCCCCCACUGCUUUGGGGAUGAAGUGUAUUAAGGCUCCUCUGUCCAUCAAUGUAAUGGAUGAUAUUUUGAGAUACCAUUUCAUUGUUCGUGGAAGAACUCCAUUUGCUAUCAGAUUUGUUCUGUGUGCGCGCUUGGGUGUUUUGAGGAAGAAGUCUGCAAGCUGCGCUGGGGAGUACUGCUUACAAAACAUUUUGCUUUUCUAGCGCUUCCUUAAAAUGGGAAAGGUGCUCCAGCAAGAACUGAAACUCCACUUUUGUAACUUGGUUGUGUUACUCGCCUCAAAAAAUAGUCACCUGUUGCAGAAGAGAAAUAAGCUUUUUUCUGCCCAUUUGAUUAUCUAGCCACUCUGCAAAAAGGUUCUUCAUGCCAGAAGACACUGAAUCUGAAGUGCUUCUGAUAGCUCAUGCCUGGUGAAUCUUUCUGACUGCAAAGAAAAGUGUUUGAAGCACUCAAAGACACCCCCCCACUUUGUUUCUGCUGUGUAGUUGAAUGGGUUUGCCAGAUACGUCCAGUACCAGGUAACUCCUGGGGAUCUGGCUGGCUUCUUCCUUACUGCUCUUAGCUAUUGCAUGCUUCUGUUGUUGUUUCUUCAGCUCCUGGAACAGGAGCAUCUUCAAGGGAAGCAAAGUAGCUGAACUUCAUGGCCACCAAAACCCAGGAAUUAGUGCUGUACUCAACUGCGUGCGUGUGUCUCAGUAAUGGCACUUUUAAAUACUAAUAUUAAACAAUCCAUUGAUGCAACCAAGUGGUAGAGCAGGAAAUGAUUGUAAAAAAAAGCCUCCGAUACCUGCCUGAUUUGGGUGGUAAGUUUCAGCCACUUAAACAACGUGGUUUAAGUGCCUAAUCAUGGAACAAAGCAGCAGUAUUUGGCCUUAACUGUCCAAUAAAAACAACUUAAUGCUGGAUCAUCCCUCCUGCCCUAUUAAACCACCUGCUUGUCCCAAAGAACAGUUGGAGCUUCUUGCCUCCCCUAAACUAUGGGCCACUUAUUGCCAUGUUAUCCGCCAUGGCUCAGUGCACCUUUUUAUCACUGAUCAGUGAAGUUUACUGGACCAGUCACUGAAGGGGAAACUGAAUUUGUCUGGUUGCUGUCACCUGCAGAAUGAUAUACACUGGGUCUGGUUUGCCAGGAGAACCCCUGACAAUUUUAAGCUGUGAGGGCAAAUAUAUUCCUGUAACAAUUAACUUUCAGUAGUUUAACUAUUUUUUAUUCAAAUGACUCUGUUUUAGAUAACUGCUGUCUGCUGUGAAAACUUCCCUGUGUGUUCUAAAGGCUUUGUAUAAAACCAGUACUUGGUUUUA